UUUCUCCUCCUAUGGCUUUCAUUAUUCUUCGAUUGCUUCUCGAUCUUUCCCUUUCCUUCUCCUCUCGCCCAGCCCGAUCGAAUUAAUGCCUCGCCGAUGAGCCUCCUCCGUGAUCUGGUCGAUUCCUUCUCCGGAUUCUUCUCCCCCUCAGCUGACCACUCGCCGCCGAGCUCCUCCACCAACGGCGCCACGGAUUCCCUUCCCUCCGCCGCGCCUCCCGAUGUCGUCGCCGAGCGCGUUGCCCUCAAGCUCAAGGGAUACUUCGAUCUGGCCAAGGAGGAGAUUGACAUGGCCGUUCGGGCCGAGGAGUGGGGCCUUGCAGACGACGCCAUCGCUCACUACCGAAACGCGCAGCGCGUCAUGCUCGAGGCUAAGGCCGUCCGAGUCCCAGAUGUCCUCUCUUUGAGGGAGAAGAGCCAGGCUAACACCUAUCGGCAAAAGAUAUCCAAAUGGCAGCAGCAGGUCGCGGAUAGACUACAGGUGCUAUCGCUGAGGACAGCUGAGCCGUCCACUAAGCCCUACCCAAGCACUAGUUCAAGCAGACCUACCAUGUCUAGGGUUCCUACUGCACGGAAAGCUACAAAAAUCUUGCCUAGUCAGAAGAAUGGUAUUGAAAACUCAAAACCAGUAUCCAAAAAUCAGGAUUCCCGUCUGGUUGAAAUGAUUAACACUGCAAUAGUGGACAGAAGCCCCGCUGUUAAAUGGGAUGAUGUUGCUGGUCUUGACAAGGCCAAGCAAACUCUUAUGGAAAUGGUAAUUUUACCGACUAAAAGAAGAGACCUUUUUACCGGUCUUCGAAAACCAGCUAGAGGUCUUCUCCUCUUUGGUCCACCUGGCAAUGGGAAAACAAUGCUUGCCAAAGCUGUUGCAUCAGAAUCAGAAGCAACGUUUUUUAAUGUUUCUGCUUCAUCUUUAACUUCAAAAUGGGUUGGAGAAGCUGAGAAGCUUGUUCGAACUCUUUUUGAGGUUGCUGUUGCUAGGCAGCCAUCUGUAAUCUUCAUGGAUGAAAUAGACAGUGUUUUGUCCAAUAGAGUUGCUAAUGAGAAUGAUGCAAGUAGAAGGCUGAAGUCAGAGUUCCUAGUCCAGUUUGAUGGGGUGACUUCAAAUCAGAAUGAUUUGGUAAUCGUGAUUGGUGCAACUAAUAAGCCUCAGGAAUUAGAUGAUGCUGUUCUACGUAGGCUGGUUAAGAGAAUAUACAUCCCACUACCAGAUGAAAAUGUGAGGAAACUACUCCUCAAGAAUCAACUAAAAGGAAGAGCAUAUUCCUUGCCAAGUGGCGAUCUGGAAAAACUUGCCAGGAUUACAGAUGGGUAUUCUGGGAGUGAUUUACAAGCCUUGUGUGAAGAAGCUGCCAUGAUGCCCAUCAGAGAGUUGGAUCCUCAGAAUAUUCUUACGAUAAGUGCUAGCCAGGUGAGGCCAUUAAGAUUCGGAGAUUUUCAGAAAGCAAUGGUAGUGAUCAGACCAAGCUUACAGAAGAGCAAGUGGGAGGAGCUGCAGCGAUGGAAUGAAGAAUUCGGUUCAAAUUGAUUUACCAUCAUAUGCACCAUGCUCAGCCCUAAACACUCUUUAACAUUUAUCGAAGAUAACAAGUCUGGGAUGUGUCUACUACAAUUGCAUAUAUUUCUUUGAUGUAAAUAACAAAACAUUGAUGAUAAAUGAAUCAUGACUUGUGAAA